AUGGAGACUCAGACGGCAAAACAAAGCACAUCUACCGACCUUGGCCGGCUGUGGACACAGGCCAUUAGCGACUACAAUGCACGAACAGGUGAAGAUCUCUCGUCCAUGGGUGCACAAAGUUUGGAUGGAGCGAUGAAAAGUCUAGAUGAUGGCAUGGAGAAAUUCAAAGGAUUUCGACACGAUGGAAGCAAAACGUCCAAGUUCCGUUCAGUUAUUGGCAACUCACUUGGUGACAUGCAGAAAUGCAUCGACGGUAUUGCUGUAAUUGGUUCUGCGGCUGGUGCGUUUCCACCAGCCAUGCCAGUAGGACUUGUGUUUACGGCAGCAAGCCGCUUGAUAUCAGCUUUUGCUGGGGUGAAAGCUGACUACGAUCGGGUUGAGUCGUUCUUUGAGUAUUCAGGUCGAUUUUUUGAGCGGCUAUCCCUUCUUGAAGAACGAGCAGAAUCUGGACCACUUGCUAUCGCUGUUGUCCGAGUAUUCUCCAUGCAAUUAUCUGUAUGUGGCAGAGUGCGAUAUCUGAUCAAAAAGAAGCGUUUCUCACAAUGGCUCAAUGCGCUCUGGAAUAUGGAGGACCAAGAGCUGCUGGCUGCAUUCGCUGCUAUGCAAGCGUCAAUCGAUGAGCUUAACCAAACUGUUGGAUAUGAAACUUAUAACUCUAUCAGGACCGUUCAGGAUGAGGUGAAAACAGGAAAUGACAAACUCGAUGCAGUACAAGAAGACACCUCAGCAAAUGCUGCUAAGCUCGAUGAGCUUGAUGAAAAACUGCGUUCUUUUCGUUCAAGCUUGGGGCAGGAUGUUCAGCAGCUCUACAUGAGCAGUCUGAAGCUAGAAGUUGUAGUCAGUGAAGGAUUUGUUGCAGUCCAAACGAAGCAGAAUGAAAGUCAUGCUCUGCUUCUUCAACUCCAAAAAUCAGUCGAGAAACUGGGAAAGACGCCCGAACACGACGAGAAGAAGAAACAAAGCGGAAAGUCCAAGGGCGACAGUGGUGAUCGCAAGUUUCAAGCGUUGCGAGAGAUCAAAAAGUUUCUGAUAGAAAAUUACACAACUUUCCCUUCAUGGACCGACGCCCACAAGGAGAACUUGGCGCAAGACGAAGACAUGCGAGAUUCUCAAGUCAAACACACGGCGAAAUGGCUGAAUGAACACCCAGACUUCAAGACCUGGGCAGAAGGAGGAAAUCCGUUGCUUUGGAUAAGAGGUGAUGAGGGUAUCGGCAAAUCCUUUCUGGCAUUUUCGGUUGUUCAAGGACUACGCACACUCAAAAAUGAAAAGAACAGCUUUGCCUAUUUCUACUUCAAAGAGGAACACCCAUACCUGCAGUCAGUACAAAAUGCUUUUGCAUCAGCCGCACUUCAGAUUGCCGAAUCGAACAACAAGUAUGCAGAGCAAGUAGCAGCAAAUAUUAGGGACAAUGCCGCACAAUCGGAAGACAUAUCAACUUGGGAGCGGUUCUUCAUUUCAAUGUUUCCUGGCAAAGAAAAGUCUGACAGUCGGCUAUUCCUUGUUCUAGAUGGCCUAGACGAGGCUCAUAUCCAGCAGGGUGGUAUCAUGACGGAGUUUCUAUCCGACUUGAGGCUCGAGAAUGCCAACGUUUCGGUGUUGCUGACGAGCAGGCCAGAAGAGAAGCCCAUCAUACAGCUCUUCGACCCCUCUGUCAUCGAUGUCACCAAGCAAGAGAUAAAGCCGGACAUCAAGGCGCUAGUCAAAAGUCGCCUUCAUUCACUACCACGAGUGCGAAAAUUCAGCCACGCUGUGAAAAGAGCAAUCACCCGCAAGGUCGUCAAACAAGCAGAUAGUAUGCUUUAUGCUGAGCAUGUGCUGCGAAGGUUCUCCUACAUUGGCCGAGAGCGAGCUGUCUUGGAGGAACUGGAAAAGAUGCCAGACUCUCUACAUGAUCUUUAUAAACUUCUUCUGGACGAGUGCCGCCACAAUCGGUCUGACGCUCAAUAUCAAGCGCUAAAGAAGCUUUUUGCAUGGCUGGCCUUUUCGAAACGAUCCCUCAGUCUGGCAGAAGCCUCGAACUUGGUGCAGUUGACGUUAUCAGACAACUCCUUCGAUAUCGAGGAAGAAAUCAUUGGGCGCUCAUCCCGUAUCUUGGAGCUUACACAAACCCGGCAGACAGAGGAGGAUACUAAAGAAGACGAUAAAGAAGAUGACGAAACCGACGACACGAAGGACGAUUUUGUUUUUGAGCUUGGAUAUCGAGAAUCGCCUUUGUCAUUCCAAGAUCGCUCUCUGCGACAAUACUUCAAGAGCGUGAGCGUUGAUGCCGAUGGCACUGAAGAAUUCCGGACACCUGCUUCUGCUGCUCACCUCACGAUCCUACAGAUGUGUGCAGACAUUAUGAUCAAAGCGGCAAAAGAUCCAGAAGACCAAACAAGCUCAGGAGUAUCGCUGUAUGCAAUCCAAUAUUGGUACGAGCAUUUGAAGGAGCUGGACGUUGAGAAGUCGACAGAUGCGACGAUAUGCCAAGUGGUAACUUUGUUGUACAGCAUAACGCAAAACACGAAUAAUGUUGCAAAGUUGUUUGAAGAAAGAGCAAGGCAUGUAGAACUCUACCCUGAACGAGCAGACGAUACACCUUCAGCAUGGUUCGAUACACUCUUGAUUUGGGCGGCCAAGGCAUCCUCAUUCGCAGAUGAAUCUCUGGAUAGUGAGGUAAAAGAGUGGGCGCGCACUGUUAACAAGGACAAUGUAUUACUUUUGUUGGCAAAAGGACAUGUUCAAAAUUGGUUGGAUGCUAGAACUCAGUGGUGGAUACCCGAGACCUUUCGAUUCGUCAAAGCUGCUCUUCGAUUGGCCAACCGGCUACAAACAACAGACGAUGAGCCACUAAAGCUCAUCCAAGAGAUCACCUCGCAAUACGAUGUUCCCGCUGAGGAUUAUAAGACUUUGAGAGCGAUCGGCGCCACAUUGUGCGACUACGGAUACGACUAUUCGGAUGCAGAACGUCAGAAGGCGAUGUUGACUGAAGGAGCUUCGUACCUUAAGCAAGCCGUCGAGCGUAUGGAAUGCGACAACCAAGAAAAGAUCGAAACACUUCGCCUUCUUGCACCAAAGUAUCUGUGGAUCGAUCAACAUUCGGAAGCGAUCAAGUACUACGACCAAGCAUACGACAUGUUGCCGGACCCAGAUUCAGAGGGACUGACCAAAGCUCAACAGAUCGAGUUCAUGGACAUUCGAUUGGACAUAUUGACAGCCAAAGCUAGUGCCUUUGAAGAAAUGAAACAAACUGAAGACGCCCUCUGCAUCUACAAUGAAGCUAGAAGAUUUUCAGGAGAAACGCCUCUACCUGGCGCGCGACUUGACGACAUCACCCUCUUGUUCAAGGAGGAAAAUGACCCCGAUGGUUCGAAACUCAUCAAAGAAUUGAAAACAUGGACAGAAAAGGAGCGAAAUAAUUGGUUCCAAUAUUGUUUCGAGGGUUGGGUAGACAGUAACGCGGUUACUCGUAUGCAAAGAGCAGCCAAAUUGACGGGCGAGACUGACCUGCUCCUCGGCUGGCUCUAUACUCUGGCAAAGACUCUACCAGAGGAGAGCUAUUAUCUGUUCAAUGUCCGAGGCGCAAUCGCGAACCUGUAUUAUCCUGUGAUGGGAGAUAUUGAAAAGGGAAAAGCUUUGCGCCAGGAGAUCUUAUCCAUGAACCCAAAACCUGAAUCCUGGUUCGAGGAGACCAUGAACGAGAAGAAGACGGAGCAUCGACUGAAGCUUGCUCAGAUCCUGUUCCACGAGUUCCAGAACUGCUCAGAUCCAACGAAGAAGGAAGCGCUGAUCGAAACUUUGAGGACUCUGCCGAGCGCUCAUGUGGAUGACGACCUUCAAGAAUCCCAUGUGGGUAUGCUACUUGCAAACAUGCUCCGGAUCAUGGGUCCUGCAAAGGAAUACCAGAAGCACAUGAACGACCUAUUCUCUGCCUGUAUGCAUGGUCUUGAGGAUAGUGUAUCGUGGAACGACUCAUCCAGUCUGAGGCUCCUAUCCAAGGUCUUGGGUUCUUUGGAUGGCCUUGAAAGAGACGCAAAGAUCGCUUGCACAGCGCAAUUUUCGAUACUGGACCGGAGCGUACACUAUCAAAAUAGUGGCACUGAUGUUUCUGAGACUGAUUCCAACGGUGAUAGUACAGAAGAAGACGCAGAAAAUAAGUCUGGAGAGGAAGUUGUACCUGUUGCGGAAACUGCACCUACGAUUGAAACUGCAACAUCCGACAAUGAUCCCGUGACCGACGGGAAACCUGCGAAGAAUGGAGAAUCUGAUUUGCUAGACGGCCAACUAGAGACUGUGGGGGGCUCUACUACUGAUUCAGCAGUUGCCAAAAGGAGAGACUCUGCAGAAGUUGCCGAAGCUCCACAACAGACAGGAGAAGCACAAGAAUCCACCUCGUCUGAACAGGACGCUACUGAAGCAGAUUCAAACAAUCUUGACGAGGAUCUUACUGGAAGCGGAAUCUUCUGCGAUGGAGGUUGCGGAACAGACAUGAGUAGCUGGGUCAAGCCUAUAUACUAUUGCUUGGUUUGUGUCAACUGCGAUCUGUGCGAAGACUGCCAUUCCAAACGACUAGCGCAGACGCGCGGAGAGAUCGCGGAACCAUGGCAUAGCUACUGCGGCAGAGAUCACCGGUAUAUCAAGGCACCUAUGAAGGGUUGGAAAGGUGUGAAGGAUGGUAUCAUUAGGAUUGAUGGUGAGGAGGAUCUGUCAGUGAAGGACUGGCUGAAGGGUUUGAAGGAGGAGCGAUGGCAGAAGGCAUGGGAAACGUUCUGGACUCGACAAGGUGGUCUGAGGAAUAUCGGGAUUGACGAUUAA